ACUAAUGCUAACUACAUAGUAACGAACUAGUGCAAUGAGAAGGGUAUAAAAGGGUGGUGUGUAGCAAUUGUGAUAUAUGCAUUGUUGGGAAGUAAUAAGGCAAGAAAUGGGGAGAGUAGAAUAUGGGGUGGUUUUGGUUGUUGUUGUGAUGAUUAUAAGUCCUUGUUUGGUUAAUGGGAGAAAUAAUUUUCAUGAGAAGACAAGGGAUGGCAAUGGCGUGAACUCUACUCAUGAAGUUUCUAGUGGAGACCAGAGUUUUGUGAAAGAUUUUCAUGGAAGCAAGACAGAGUACUCAUCUGAAGAAGUCUUAGGUGAAAAGAAACUUGGUGGGAACAAUGGUGGAAAAGGAGUGGGUGUUGGCGGUGGAGGAGGUGGUGGUGGUGGUGGUGGAGGCGGCAAUGGUGGGGGAAAUGGGAGAGGUGGAAACAAGGGUAGUAGAAAGGGGACUGGGGGAGGUGGUGGUGGGGGUGGAGGUGGUGGGGGUGGAGGAAAUGGACAAGGUCAUGGAUGGGGAGGGGGAAGCGGUGGAGGAGGCGGCGGUGGCGGAGGAGGAAAUGGUAAUGGUCAUGGUCAAGGUCAAGGUCAUGGAAGGGGUGGAGGAGGUGGUGGUGGUGGUAGUGGAGGAGGAGGUGGUGGUGGUGGUGGUGGUGGAGGUGGAGGAGGAGGUGGUGGUGGAGGAGGAGGAAGUGGCGGUGGUGAAGGAUGGGGUUGGGGCGGAGGCGAUGGAAAAUAGAAAAUGCUCUCGUGUUUUGAAUUAUGAUCCUCUCCAUUUAAUUGAGACAUCUAUUUGUAGAGAGAUAUAAUCAUUGAAUAUAGUAAUAUUAUUUUAAAAAUAAUUAUUAUAUCCAGUAUGUAUAUCUCUCUAAAUAAUAGCGUCUACUAAAUUAAGAGAAUCAUAAUCCAUUUUUUUGUGUAUCUUUUGCUCUUGUUUUCAGUUGCUCUUGUUUUCAGCUUUAUAUUUGUAUUUUCACAACCUCGUUUGGAGGUAUUUUCUAUUUUCCCGUAACAAGUAAUGUCUCUUUUUUACGAUAUGUAAUGUUGUUUUUCUAUUAUUAAAUAUUUGAACUUUCUUGUUCUUAUUAUUAUUAUUAUUAUUA